AGAUUGUUGGUGAGACCGCGUUGCUAUUAACAACGACUCUGGUUUUUCCAGAGGCAUUUCACGAGUUGGCUUCAGCGCGUCUUUGACAAUGGUCUUUGGACACAUCUACGUAAGCCUUUGAACAGUUUUCUUCAAGAGAGCAGAAUGGAGCUUCAUCUAAACCGCGUGGAUUACACACAGGUUGGGGUAACGUCCCAGAAAACUAUGAGGUUGCUCCCCCCUCUGAGUAAAAAAGCCACUCAGAAGGUUGCUAUUGCUGACCAUGAUGGGGUACUCACAUGUUUUGGGAUGAAGAAGGGAGAGGCAGUACCGGUCUUCAAAACACUCCCAGGGCCAAAGAUCGCUAGAAUGGAUCUUGGAGGAGCUGUUGGAUCGCCGCGGGAAAAGAUCUUUGUAUGUUCUGGGUUUCAAGUCCGCGGGUUUACCAAAAAAGGCAAACAGUUUCUGACCUUCGAAGCCAACCUUACAGAAAACAUAAAUGCCAUGCACGUCUCUGGGGCAGAUCUCUUUGUCUGUGCAAGUUACAUCUACAACCAUUACCUUGACUGCAAGGAUCAAGACUACUUUCUAUCGGGAGACAAAAUAAAUGAUGUCCUUUAUUUAUCAUCUGAAAACCUGACCCGUCCUUUCCCCAUUCUAGCGUGCCAAGAUAGAAUUCUUAGAGUCUUGCAGGGAUCUGAGCUUGCAUAUGGGAUUGAAGUUCCUGGCCCUCCUUCUGUUUUGGAGCUGUACAACAAAGACGGAGGAGAUGAAAUCCUUUAUGGAACCACUGAUGGUAAAAUAGGAUUAGUCCAGAUUGGUGACCAGUCUGCUUCAAUCAAAUGGGAAAUAGACAACGACAAAAAGAAAGGAGGAAUUCUUUGUGUGGACACCUACGACAUCAUUGGGGAUGGUGUAAGUGACGUCUUGGUGGGCAGAGAUGAUGGGACAGUGGAGGUGUAUGGUUUUGACAGUUCUGGUGACCCCACAUUACGCUUUGAACAUGUGUUAUCUGAAAGUGUGACUUCAAUUCAAGGUGGCUGUGUUGGAAAAGAAUCCUAUGAUGAAGUUGUAGCAGCUACUUAUACAGGAUGGGUGACUGGUUUGACCACUGAACCCCAAAGAGCUGAAGUUGGUCCCGGUGAUGAAGUGAAGAUGAGCAAAGAGAUGCAGUCUAAAGUGGAUGCACUGAGGGCUGAGUUAGAGCAGCUGCAGGUGAAAGUGCUGCAGGGCCGUGAGCAGUACCACCAAACGUCUCAGUCCAGUACGGCCGUGUCCGCUGUGCCCGUCUUCAGCAUCAACGACAAGUUCACCCUGUGCCAGGAUGAUGCUAGCUACAGCCUCACUCUGGAGGUGCAAACGGCCAUUGACAACUUAUUGCUCCAGAGCGAUGUGCCUAUUGACCUGCUGGAUGUGGAUAAGAACUCUGCUGUGGUCAGUUUCAGUGAAUGUGACUCGGAGCAGCACAAUGGGAACUUUCUCCUGGCUACGUACAGAUGUCAAGCCAACACUACUAGACUUGAACUGAAGGUGAGGUCUAUUGAAGGACAGUAUGGCACUCUGCAGGCCUACAUUACCCCAAGACUGCAACCCAAGACGUGCCAAGUCCGUCAAUACCAAAUCAAGCCUCUGUCCCUUCACCAGAGGAUCCACAGCAUCGACCAGGACAGGCCCAUGAACCGUUUAAGUCUGGUGGGACAGUUCAGUUUCGCUGAAAUACACUCCUGGGUGGUGUUUUGUUUGCCAGAGGUUCCAGAGAAAACGCCAGCGGGAGAGAGCAUCACCUUCUAUUUCCACAACACUUUUCUUGGCACUCAGCUUGAGGCAACCUACUGCAAAGGGGAGGGACACUUCAAGUCAGACAACAUCUCUACUAUUUCCAUACUCAGUGACGUGCUUUCUAAAGAAGCAACUAAAAGAAAAAUUAAUCUGAACAUAUCAUAUGAGAUAAAUGAUGAAUCAGUUAGUCACACUUUACGUAUGAUCCACCCAAAGCUGGAAUACCAAUUACUUCUGGCAAGGAAAGUCCAGCUUAUUGAUGCACUUAAAGAGCUCCAGGUUCAUGAGGGAAAUGCUGACUUUCUCAUUCCAGAGUAUCGCAGCAUUUUGGAUGAGUCUGCUAAUCUCCUGGAAGAGUAUAAGAAGCAGCCAGCACACCUUGAGAGGCUUUAUGGUAUGAUCACAGACCUCUUCAUCGACAAAUUCAAGUUUAAAGGACAGAAUGUGAAAACCAAGGUGUCCUCAUUGUUGGAGAUACUUGAUAAUUAUGAUUUGAAUUCUCUCUUGGACUUUUUUAAUGAAGUAUAAGUAUAACAUUUUUUACAUAGAGUACACCUGUUUAAUGUCAAGUCUUGUAAUAUUUAUUUAUCUAGUGUUUGUUUGUACUAUAUAAAUAAUUUAUUUGGUUAGCCAAGAUGAUUGACCUUUCAAAGCCAAACAAGAAUGAUUGUAGUUGCUUGUUUUGUAAGUGAUCAAGGUUGUAUGUCAUUUCUACUUAAAUUAUUUUAAGACUGUUUGUAAAAUGUGUUUGUAUAUUUAUACAGAAGAAUAUUGGAAAUAAAUUAUAACAAGCUAUU